UUAACCCCAAAAGUCAAUUGUGUGGUAGUUCAGAAACCCUCAUCUAUAAGACAUUUUGAAAACUGGUUUUCCCACUUAUGAUCAGUGGAGACAGAUGUUUGAGACAUUGAGGUUUCCUGAUCACCAGCUGAAACCUUUAGUCUCCUUCCCCAUUCCUACCAAGGCAGCUUGCAAGCCUCACCACUUUUAGCUUUGCAACUGGUCUUUGGAACCUUUAAGAGAAGUUAUACACUCCCAGAAGACUGUUCUAGGAUUCUGACCUUAAGAAGCCUCUUUCCUGGACCCAAACCAUACAAUUUUGGCAGUUUGCAUUUUACUCCGGCUAAUAUAGAAUGUAAUUAUUUCUCUUCAUAAAAGAGCCACUAAUUCAGAAUAAUGAUGGCAAAGUGGUUGGAAAGAGUGGAUUUAAAUUACCAGGAUGUUUUAGAAGAAAUUCCAUUUUAUUAAUUUUAAGUAUAUAAUUAUCUAGAUAUGAGCGAGUAAAUUAACUAAGUUAAGGAAAACAAGAGAAGUCCCCAGAGAUCUACUUCACAGCAUGAAAUACCCUCCAGACCUUAACUGGAGCAAUAUAAAAGAAGAUGAGACAGGAAAGAUAUCAUUAAUGGAGCUCAAGAAAAAUGCGUAUUGCCUCCUAUGGAUGGCUACCCCCAUUGCGAGGGGAAAAUCAAGUGGAUGAAAAAUAUGUGGCGCUCAGAUCCCUGCUACGCAGAAUACGGAGUGGAUGGGUCCACCUGCUCUUUUUUUAUUUACCUCAGUGAGGUUGAAAAUUGGUGUCCCCAUUUACCUUGGAGAACGAAAAAUCCCUACGAAGAAGCUGAUCGUAACUCAUUGGCAGAAAUUCGUACAGAUGUUAAUAUUCUCUACAGUAUGAUGAAAAAGCAUGAAGAAUUCCGAUGGAUGAGACUGCGGAUCCGGCGAAUGGCUGAUGCGUGGAUCCAAGCAAUCAAGUCCUUGGCAAUGAAGCAGAAUCUUGAGAAGAGAAAGCGGAAGAAAGUGCUUGUUCACCUGGGCCUCCUGACUAAGGAAUCCGGAUUUAAGAUUGCAGAGACAGCUUUCAGUGGUGGCCCUCUUGGCGAAUUAGUUCAGUGGAGUGAUUUAAUUACGUCUCUGUACUUACUGGGCCAUGACAUUAGGAUUUCAGCUUCACUGGCAGAGCUCAAGGAAAUAAUGAAGAAGGUUGUUGGAAACCGAUCUGGCUGCCCAACUGUAGGAGAUCGAAUCGUUGAGCUCAUUUAUAUUGAUAUUGUAGGACUCGCUCAAUUCAAGAAAACUCUUGGACCAUCCUGGGUUCAUUACCAGUGCAUGCUCCGAAUCCUGGACUCAUUUGGCACAGAGCCAGAGUUCAACCAUGCCAACUAUGCCCAGUUGAAAGGCCACAAGACACCCUGGGGCAAGUGGAAUCUGAACCCACAGCAGUUUUACACCAUGUUCCCUCACACUCCAGACAACAGCUUCCUGGGCUUUGUGGUCGAGCAGCACUUGAACUCCAGCGACAUCCACCACAUCAACGAAAUCAAGAGGCAGAACCAGUCACUCGUGUACGGCAAAGUGGACAGCUUCUGGAAAAAUAAGAAGGUCUACUUGGACAUCAUCCACACAUACACGGAAGUACACGCAACUGUUCACGGCUCCAGCACGAAGAACAUUCCCAGUUACGUGAAAAACCAUGGGAUCCUCAGUGGACGUGACUUGCAGUUUCUUCUCCGAGAAACCAAGCUGUUUGUUGGGCUUGGGUUCCCGUACGAGGGCCCAGCUCCCCUGGAGGCCAUCGCAAAUGGAUGUGCUUUUCUGAAUCCCAAGUUCAACCCACCCAAAAGCAGCAAAAACACAGACUUUUUCAUUGGCAAGCCAACUCUGAGAGAGCUGACGUCACAGCAUCCUUACGCUGAAGUUUUCAUCGGCCGGCCACACGUUUGGACCGUUGACCUUGGCAAUCAGGAGGAGGUCGAGGAUGCCGUGAAAGCGAUUUUAAGUCAGAAGAUUGAGCCAUACAUGCCAUAUGAAUUCACAUGCGAAGGGAUGCUACAGAGAAUCAAUGCUUUCAUCGAAAAACAGGACUUCUGCCACGGGCAAGUGAUGUGGCCGCCCCUGAGUGCCCUGCAGGUAAAAUUUGCUGAGCCCGGGCAGUCCUGCAAGCAAGCGUGUCAGGAGAACCAGCUCAUCUGUGAGCCGUCCUUCUUCCAGCAUCUCAACAAGGACAAGGACCUGCUGAAGUACGAGGUGAACUGCCAGAGCUCAGAGCUGGCCAAGGACAUCGUGGCGCCCUCCUUCGACCCCAAGAACAAGCACUGUGUGUUUCAAGGCGACCUCCUGCUGUUCAGCUGUGCCGGCGCCCACGCCCGCCACCGGAGGAUCUGCCCCUGCCGGGACUUCAUCAAGGGCCAGGUGGCUCUCUGUAAAGACUGUCUAUAGCGCCGCCUUUCCACCCGCGCCCACGCUCUGUGGGGGGGAGACAGCGGCUCCAGCCCCACCAGGAUGGGGCGGAGACACAGACGCCAUUCAGGGACUCUCCCCAGAGCCUGAACGUUUUGGUGGAAGGUCUCGAUUUGGUACUGGUCCCGCUGCAGUUAGAGCAUCACAGCGGAGCUCUCACCAAAACAAAACGAGAGCCAACCUCAGGCCGGGAACCUGGCUUCUCCCUGGCACAACUUCGUCUUUAAUUUUGGAGGAGCUACAGUAGGGAGACUGUGCAGCUGCUCCAGGGUAAAAAAAAAGGAAUCUCAAUAUUCGUUUAAACGAAACAAAACCAGAGGAGGAAUCAAGCUAGUUGGAAAGAACUUCUCCGGGAACAUUCCUA